UUGAUAGAAGUGCCUCAUUGACUUGGCCGACUUCAACUUGGCCUUGACGGCCUUGACCAAGCUGACCAAGCCUUUACAGUUGUUGCACUGUUGGCUGAUUCUACUACGAGAGGGCACUCCUGGAAGCUAUUGAAGCUGAGAGCGUCUUCCCGAUUGAGGCGAAACGCGUACAGCGUGCGGGUCGUCAAUGACUGAUUGACUGAAGAAUAUUUUCAAAAUGACAGCAACAUUUGAUCCUGAUGACAAAGACAGCUGGUACUUUGGGCCGAUGUCUCGGCAGGACGCCAAUGACCUUCUGCUGGCGGAGAGCGAGGGGGGCGUGUUCCUCGUCAGAGACUCCACCAGCAUCCAGGGGGACUACGUGCUCUGCGUCCGUGAGGACAGCAAGGUGUCGCACUACAUCAUCAACAAAAUCGUCGAGGAUGACCAGGUGCGGUUCCGGAUCGGUGACCAGAUGUUCUCCGAUCUGGCCAGCCUGCUGAACUUCUACAAGCUGCACUACCUGGAUACGACCCCGCUGGUGCGCCCGGCGCCGCGCAGGGUCGAGAGAGUCGUCGCCAAGUACGACUUCGACGGACGGGAUGAGGAGGACCUGCCGUUCAAGAAGGGUGACGUGCUGACGGUGGUCUCCAAGGACGAGGAGCAGUGGUGGACGGCCCGAGACUCGCUCGGACAGACCGGCUCCAUCCCAGUGCCCUACGUGCAAAAGGUGGGUACGCGACGCAGCGUGUCGGCGUUGGUC